AUGGCAUUCACAUGGAAAGUUGUAUUUCUAGGAGAAUCAUCGGUGGGUAAAACAUCCAUCAUAACCAGAUAUAUAACAGGGCAGUUCCUUAGAGAUAAUGCAACGAUUGGAGCUGCGUUCAUUUCACAUCAAUUAAAAAUAUCUUCUGAGCACAUUGUGCAAUUGGAGAUAUGGGAUACCGCUGGCCAAGAAAGAUAUAGAUCUUUGACCACAAUGUAUUAUCGUAAUACGAAUGUGGCUAUUGUUGUUUUUGACUUAUCUAAUUUUCAUAUCGAUGCUACUUUGAAUGAUAUCGAUAUAUGGAUUGAGAAACUAUAUGAAUAUAAUAAUAUUCCUAAUAAUGAUAAUGAUAAACUGAAUAUAAUAAUCGUGGGUAAUAAAAUCGAUCUAUUGGAGGAAAAUGAUGAUAUGUUGGCUAUUAGAGAAACAAUGCUACGAUAUCUGGAUAUCAAAAAAAAUCAAGAUUAUAACAAUAUUGUUUUAAAAUAUUUAGAGGUAAGUGCAAAGACAGGAGAGAAUGUGUCAAAUUUAUUUGAAAAUGUUAUUGUUGAUUUAAUUCCAAAGGAUAAAUUAUAUUUCAAUGAUAAUAAUAAUAACAAUAAUAUAAUAUCAUUAGGCAUUGAUUCAAAGAAGGAUAAAUAUAUAAAGAAUCGACAAUGCAAUUGUUGA